GGCUGUUUCAAGCUGUCAGGGAAGCAGGCUAUAAAAGUGAGAGAGGGACGGCCCUUAGGAGAAUUCUAGUCCACACUGCACUGAACUUGUCACAUCGGUUUGGGUUGCUAAAAGAGCACCACUUGGACGUAAAGGUGCCUUUAUCGGUGCUCGCUAAAUAAUUGUAUACAUUAAUUUUGGGAAGUGGUGCAGAAUCUCGCGGGCUGAAUCCAGAGCGAGCGCGGCGAUGCUGGUUCCACGCGUGCUCUGCGCGAUACUGUGCGUGCUUAGCUGCGUGUGUGCGUGCGUGGAGGCCGCCUCACGCCUCAAGUCUCACUCGCUGCCCAUCCAGUCUGAGAAAGAACCUCUGCCUUCCAAAGGCCUGUCAGGAUGCUCAUUUGGGGGUCGAUUCUAUUCGCUGGAGGACACAUGGCACCCUGAUUUGGGGGAGCCCUUUGGUGUAAUGCAUUGCGUACAAUGUCAUUGUGACACUCAAAAGAGUCGUCGUGGGAAGAUAUUUGGGAAAGUCAACUGCAAGAACAUAAAGCAGGACUGUCCCAAUCCAGACUGUGAUGAUCCCAUCCUGCUGCCAGGACACUGCUGCAAAACCUGCCCAAAAGGUGAAGAAGACAAGAAACAGACCUACCCAAUGCUGGACAGCUUUGAGUAUUUCCAUGACAAGGGCAAAGGGAAGGAGGACGACCUGCACAAAUCUUACAACGACAGAUCCUACCUGAGCUCGGAGGAUAUGGGCCCGGAGGAGAGCCGCACUGACUUUGUCGCACUGUUGACAGGAGUGACAGAAUCAUGGGUGCCAAGCUCUAGCGCUGUUGCCAGAGCUCGCUUCUCUUUGACUAGAACCAGCCUGGCCUUCUCCAUCACAUACCAAAAAAUGGCCCAUCCCAGUAAAAUCCUCUUCUUGGGCACAGAUGGUGCCACUGCUUUUGAAUACAAAGUCCCCAAGGGCCAGUCCGACAUGAUCUGCGGUGUAUGGAAAAACGUUGCCAAGCCUCUUCUACGACAGCUGCAGAAUGAGCAAUUGCGCGUCCGCAUGAGCACGUCAGCCGGCCAACAAGAAGAGGUAGAAGGAAAGAUCAUCAAACACAGGGCUCUGUUCGCUGAGACAUUCAGCUCAACACUGACAUCAGAAGAGGACAACGCAGGCAUGGGAGGCAUCGCCAUGUUGACGCUGAGUGACAUGGAGAACAACCUCCACUUCAUCCUCAUCUUGCAAGGCCUCAUCAAAAACAAAGAUAAAGAACCCCUUUUGGUUCCCAUUCGAGUCCAACUGCUUUACAGGCAGCACAUCCUGAGAGAGAUCCAGGCCAACAUCACAUCUCAUGAUCCAGACUUUGCAGAGGUGCUGAAAGACAUGAAUAGCCGCGAACUCUUCUGGCUUUCUCGUGGGCAGCUGGAGAUCGCAGUGGCAACAGAAGGUCACCGUUCCCAGCAGAUCUCUGGAUUUAUUACUGGCAGAAAAUCCUGUGACACCAUCCAAAGCGUGCUGUCCAGCGGUGAUGCACUGACUCCUGGGAAGACGGGAGGCACGGGCUCGGCGGUCUUUAACCUUCAUGAUAACGGCACACUGGAUUAUCAGAUUCAAGUUGCGGGUCUCACCGGAGAUAUGGUCGGCCUCACAAUUGAGUUGAAGCCAAGGCGACGAAAUAAGCGCUCAAUACUCUACGACUUGACGCCGGAGUACAACAAGGCCACGGGGAGAGCAGUGGGCAGCUGGAGUCGCUUGGAGGCCCGAAAUAUCCACAUGCUGCUGCAGAAUGAACUUUUCAUCAAUGUGGCUACGUCUCAAAACCAGGAGGGAGAACUAAGGGGUCAGAUCAAAGCACUGCCAUAUAGUGGGCUGGAGGCUCCAAGGCAUGAGUUGCCCACCCCUCUUGCCGGGUACUAUGUGUCACCUCCGGUUAGAACCGGUGCUUCUGGCCACGCCUGGGUGUCAGUGGAUAAAUAUUGCCACCUUCAUUAUGAGAUUGUUGUGUCGGGCCUCAGCAAGGCUGAUGACCUCACAGUGAACGCCCACCUGCAUGGCCUCGCUGAGAUCGGGGAGCUGGAUGACAGCAGUGUUAACCACAAGAGACUGCUGACUGGUUUCUAUGGCUCUCAGGCUCGGGGUGUUCUGAAGGACAUCAGUGCAGAAUUACUGCAGCACUUGGACCAAGGAACAGCCUUCAUCCAGGUCAGCACCAAGCUGAACCCAAGGGGAGAAAUUCGUGGCCAGGUUCAUGUUUCCAACAACUGCGAGUUUGGGACGAAAGAAGACGUAGAUGAGGCUGAAUUUGAUGACAUUUUUCUCAAAGAUCCUGAAGUGCUGAAAAAAGACCCUCAUACAUGCUCCUUUGAGAACCAGUACCACGCUCACGGAUCCCAUUGGACUCCCAACUAUGAUAAAUGUUUCUCCUGCAGCUGCCAGAAGCGAACUGUGAUCUGUGAUCCAGUAAUCUGCCCGGUGUUGACGUGUUCCCAAACUAGCCAGCCUGACGAUAAAUGCUGCCCAAUCUGUGAUGAGAGAAAAGACGCAAAGGACAUAAAACUUCCAGAAAAAGCGGAAGAAAAUCCUGAAGGUUGUUAUUUUGAGGGAGACCAGAAGAUGCACGCGCCUGGAACGACAUGGCAUCCUUUUGUACCUCCCUUUGGUUACAUUAAAUGUGCCGUCUGCACUUGCAAGGGUUCAACCGGUGAAGUACACUGUGAGAAGGUGACGUGUCCAACGUUGACAUGCAGUCAUCCGGUGAGACGAAACCCAUCAGAUUGCUGUAAAGAGUGUCCGGAUGACGAGAAGAUCCCCGGCGACCUGGAACACACCGACAUGAUGCAAGCGGAUGGGCCGAGACACUGCAAAUUUGGCAAGAACUAUUACCAGAACAGCGAUAACUGGCAUCCGUGGGUGCCGUUGGUAGGGGAGAUGAAGUGCAUCAACUGCUGGUGUGAUCAUGGUGUGACUAAAUGUCAACGUAAGCAGUGUCCAUUGCUGACCUGCUCCAACAUCACUCGCAAAGAUGGUUCAUGCUGCCCCGACUGCAUCGAUUCAAGAGACGAAGAUGAACUCGUGACGAAGGUUCUUGAUAAACGGUCAAGCCAGAGACACUGAGCUAACACAGAACGCUCAAAUAACUCCGAUGACGACUUUGCCAAAGUGACACUUCACUCAAACCCAGAACUGCACACUGGGCCAAUCAAGUUUCACGCUUACCCCCACCCCCAUCUCCCACCCACCUUGUCGUCAGCUUUAAGAUUGUAAAGGACAGAGAGGACCAGAGGAGGAGGAUUAGAAGAGAAAAACUUUCAACGAAUGACCGAAUUUGACAAAAAGAAAAUGACAGACGCUACAAACCUGCUUCCUGUCUUGAAAUUUUCCUGGAGAUUUUUGCUUGCUUUAAAAAAAUAAAAUAAAAACUCAGCAGCUUAACAAGGCAGCCUUUGAAUGGAAGCUUUGGGCUGUUGAGUGAGUUUCAGUUAAAUGGCCAUUUUGGAGCACAUCCUUAGUUUCUGUACUACAGCGACUUCAAGUGCUCUCACUGGAUGAUGUAAAGACAUGGAUGAAUGUGUGAAUCUGUCUGCGUCCAUAUGUGGGAGUGUGCAUGUGACGCCUUUUAAAUGACAGCUGCACGUAGAUGUGACAGCAAACUUGGGUGGCAAGGUGAACUUUUAAAGUGAAAAAAAGGCAGAUUUUGUUUUUGUUUGUUUUGGGGGCAUUUCAGUGAGUUUCUAUGUUUUUCUUUUUGGCAGCAUUGAGAAGGUUGCAAGAUGCUCUGCUGCUUCGUGUUACUCUGCUAACCUUGCUUCACUUCACACCUAAUUUGCCACCCAUCUGUUGUGAAUCAAGUCAUAUUGUAUGAUCUUUUUGAUACUGUUUUUUUAAGACAUGAAGCUUGUUUGUUUUUGUAUUUAUUAAAUGUUGUGGUUCCAAAAUAAAACAGAUGAUGGCAAAAUUUA